CCUUUUCUUCAGUCUGCUGCAGCCUCAAAUCCCAUCGCAAAGUGAUGAAGCGGACAAUAUCGAGGAAAGCUUAUGACAGAAUAAACCUGGCAGUCUUUCAAAACUGGAUGGGCAAGCUCCGUGUUCGUUCACAGCUACUCUAAAAGCGAGAGCGAAAAUCAAACGAAAACAGGAAGUUCUGCUUCCAGCAUUGUCAGUCUAUCGUUUCCUACCUCUAUGGUCACUUCGGCUGCCGGAUUCGUCCUUCUUCGCAGCUGUCUGGGGAGCCCCGGAGAUGGCGUCGGUGCUUCCGCGAGUGGAACGGCUCUCGUCGAGUGUGGUUCGUGUGCUGGGCUGCAACCCGGGGCCCAUGACCCUACAGGGCACCAAUACCUACUUGGUGGGCACCGGGCCCAGAAGGAUCCUUAUAGAUACAGGAGAACCCUCUGUCCCUGAAUAUAUUAGCUGCUUGAAACAAGCGCUCAGUGACUUCAGCAUCUCAAUCCAAGAAAUUCUGGUAACACACUGGCACCAUGAUCACACUGGAGGCAUACCUGAUAUUUGUAAAAACAUUCCUGCAGCUUCUGAAUAUUCCAUAAGUAAACUUCCACGAAACCCACAUCGUGAAGAAGUAAUAGGAGAAGGAAAGCAAAAAUACUCAUAUUUGAAAGAUGGGGAUGUUUUAAAGGCAGAGGGAGCUACUCUAAGAGUUUUAUAUACUCCAGGACAUACAGAUGAUCAUAUGGUUUUACAUCUUCUAGAGGAGAAUGCUAUAUUUUCUGGUGACUGUAUUUUAGGAGAAGGAACAGCUGUAUUUGAAGACCUUUAUGAUUACAUGAAAUCACUGGAAAAGCUCUUAGAAAUGAAAUUGGAUUUAAUAUACCCUGGACAUGGUCCAGUAAUAAAAGAAGCAAGAGCUAAAAUUCAAGAAUACAUUCUGCAUAGAAAUGCUCGUGAACAGCAAAUAUUAAAUGUUUUUCAAAAGAAUGCUGGAAAAUCUUUUACAGCAGGAGAACUUGUGAAAAUUGUCUACCAGGACACACCUGAACAUUUGCAUAAAGCUGCAGAAAUUAACCUGAUGCAUCACUUGAAGAAACUAGAAAAAGAAAGAAAAGUGCUAUAUGAAAAGUCUCCUGACUUCAGAUGGAAAAGCAAUUUAUAAAUUUGAAACAAAUGGGAGCUGGUGAUGCUCUGUAUUUUGUGAACUUGGCAGCACUGAAAUUGACCUUUUUGAAAAAGAUGUUUGGAAAUAAUUUACUGUGAGGGUGAAUCCACCAAAUUCCACCUAGUCUUGCUGUUCAUCACAAUGAAUUAAAGUACUGUUGCUUAAAUACAA